GAUGUAUGUUUGUUUGUAGAUUCUUCCUUUGUCAAUUAACGCUCGUGUCACCCUUUCGAACGUGAAGCUAUAAAAAGAUGUUAAAGAGAAGCCUCUAAUUACGAAUAAAAUUCAUACCCUUGUUGUGUGGCUUGCGUCGUUCUCAUUCUUUCUCUGUCUGAAAAAUAAAAUAAAAAAGACUGACUGAUCAGAAGAAGAAACAAGCCACACCUUCACUUUUUUCACAUCGCCAAAUUCUCAAAACCCCAAGACCACAACAAAACAACACUCUCCAGAAAUGUUGUAAAUAACAUUAUAUACAUUUAAUAUUCUUUCUUGUGAAGCUUGCAUUCUACUUUUCCUAGCUUUUUCUUAUAGUCAAGUUGUUAAUUCAUGAGGUGUAAGACGCAUCUGACCGAUGCGAGUAGCAGCAUCGGCGUGUGUGCUUCGUGCCUCCGCGAAGGAUUAUUUAUCGUUAUUGCCGCGGACGCACAAACAAAAACUAACGCGUAUUACAAACAGUUUGAGGCAAUUCAGACACAGGACGAUCGCCGGAAAUCAGACACCAAUCCUCUGCCUUUGGCGUUUCAUCCCAAUUCCGUUCAUGGAAUCCCGGAUCACCGAUUCUAUAGUACUCCACAAGUUGGUCCCAAUGGAUUAACGAUAACUGCCUCCACCUUGUAUAAGAAGAAGAAGAAGAAGAAUUAUGGAUUAUCUUUUAUACCUGGUCUAUUUAGAUCCAGAUCGAAGAAACCGGAUUCGGAUUCUAGGGUUACAAAUUCUGGAGAUUAUUGUCCGGCAUUAUCUUCAUCACCGUCAUGGUUCUCAACAAUUUUACCUAGUCGCCGGAAAAAGCAAUCCCGAAUGUUUUCAUUUGACGAAUCAACGAUCAGAGGUAAUCAGGAAAGUUGUCAUAAUUACGAUGAGGAAAACCAGCAUUGUUUAGACAAUUCAAACGGGUACUCAUCGGAGACGCCAAAGAGAACACCGGCAGCUCAACCGGGCCGGAGAACGGGGGCUAAUAGGUCGGGCCAUAACCGAAGUUUAUCAGGAAUAGCGUUUUGCUUGAGCCCGUUGGUUCGGGCUAGCCCCAGUAGACAAUGGAACCAGAAAGGAAUGCCACCGGAUAUGGUGUUUUCCGGCGAGAUAAAAGUUCCGGCGAAGGGUCACCUUUCAAAUGCGGUGUCGUUCUGUAAGAACAGAUCGAGGAAACUUGCCGAUUUUGGAAGGUUCAAUCCGAACCGUUAAUUGCAAUGGUAGUUGAGAUUUGACCACUUCGUACAAUAUAUGACAAAAAUGCGGUUUUCCCGUUAAUUUGUUCCUGUUACUUACAAAUUAAAAUUUCCCUUAAUAGUAUCUUCUUUGUAUUAUUCAACUAAAUAAAUAUUUCUAUUGCGCAGUUUGAAUAUAAGAAUAUUUUUAACAUUUCGUAUAUUUACUGAAGUUUUAAAUUUUGAAAAUAUUUUUUUUAACGAUCAAUAUUUGGAAAUAUUAAACUUUCAUAUUGGAAAUACACGAUGAAAUAUUGAAAAUUGUUCCAGAAGUGGAAUAAAUUUCCACCUUUGCAGAGGCCAUAUCUCAAUCCUACUGCAGCCGUCUUCAUGGGGCCUCAACGAUUCCGAUGGCGAUGUCCAAAGAGUGACAGACCAGGUCAAAUUGAGGAGCUCUUCGUUCUGUGUAAUCUACUGUGUGAGUCUGUUUGGUCAGAAGUGUUUUUCAAUUUUCUUAAGUUGAAUUGACAAAAUAUUUUGAAAAAUAUGAAAAAUAGCUUACUCAAUUAAAUUAGAAAA